CGUCGCCAGUCCCAUAAGAGCCGGCCGACCCGCCGCCUGCGCCGCGAACCAGACCCCACCUACCACCAUUAAUCAAUAAUUUUAUCCACGUGACGAUUAAUCACUCACCAUAAACAACAGCGAACGAGAGGAGACCCUCGGGACCGCGUGCGAGACUCGUUCAUCCGACCCGCGGAAUAUAGGUCGCCCGGUUCAGUGCAAGCAGCGAGAUAUUUUUAUUGUCGGUGUGCGGUGCAGACUGCGGUCACGUUGCUAGUUUAAUUGUUACGCUAACUCAUUCCAUAAGUCCCCAUAUCCUGUGAACGCAUUUUACGAGCAACGAACUGAAGGCGGCAUUUAGAUUGACAUUUAUCGGUUGCAUUUGCGAGAUCCGGUGCCGAGAUGCAUCACAUGUACCCCGGUCUGGCCAAGGGCGAUCCGCUGUGCCCGUUGGGAUUCCAUCCUCAGGUGCGAUGGCCGACUCGCUGUAAGCGCUGCUUCCGUGACUACAAGGAGCACGGAGGUCGCAAGAAAGAGGAUGACAUAGCUGCCUCCACGCCCACUCUAUCCACUUGGAACUCGCCGUCGUCACGAACCUCAUAUCACACACCUGUCGUCGAAACUCCGCCUAAACCACAAGUGAAUCGUGAUGAAGAUAAUGGCACAGUCGGGGAUAAGGUAGGGCGCAGUUGGGCUUCCAGUUCCAAUCUUAGCACGAUAGAUCCGUCUAAAAAGGAUGUCUUCUCCACAGGUUUGAGUAAUACAAAAACUGCGUGGACGUCGACGCCCGAUAUAGCGGACGAUUCCACAAAUGAAAUAACAGUAAGCCUUAAGCUACCUAAGAGAAGAAGUACCGGGCCACUGCCAUCGUUGGAUACGGGGCAAAACAGUACAGGAGCAUCAGAGACAGUGACGUUACGACGGCAGUCUCCCUCGCCUCCAUCUACCACAGCUUCUAUCGUCAUCACCAAAAAUGACUCUCUCGCCGAAAGAGUAAGAAAGAUGCAAUUAAUAAAGGCACAAAAUAGUUUUGAAAAGGAAUCCAGUGUCGAUAAGGAAAGAGAACGAAGAAGUACUUCACGAAGUAAAGACGAGGAUAAACUCAGACGAAGUUCUUCGAGAGGCAUCGAUGAUGAAAAGUUAAGUAAGACACCGGAAGAAAAGCCAAAAGUGAAAGAGAAAUUAAAAGAUGAAAAGGGUAGCAAAAAAGAUGAACGAAUUCCAAAAGAAGAUGUCACUUUCUUAAUACAGGUUAAAAAUAAUCGAAGUUCCUCGUAUACAAAACCUCCAAUACGUGGUGGUCCGAGUCGAGACGAGAAGGAAGCAUCAGACGACGAAGCGAGCACCACAGGGACUACAACAGAUACCGACACUACCCUGGUUGAUCAGAACCUCAAAGAAUACCAGGAACAAAUCGAGAGCUUAAAACAAGAACUAGAUAUUAUGAAGAAGCGAUGUGAACGGGUAGAAAAAGAAAAGAGUGAUAUUCUUCUGCGAAGGUUGGCUAAUAUAGACACGACUUCUAAAUAUAGUACCGGGCGGUCCUCGGAAGUUCUUAAACUGCAACAAAAAGUUAAUGAACUGACAUCGCAAAACGAAGACCUAAAAGACGAGAAAAAACAUUUAUCGCUCAAAAUCAAAGAAAUGGAAGCUGAAGUUGAGUCACGACCAUCAGCUGAAUCUCAAACUCGUCAAAUUGAACAACUAAGAGCAAAACUAUUAGCAGCUGAAACAUUAUGUGAAGAGCUGAUGGAUGAAAAUGAGGAUAUGAAGAAAGAGCUUCGUGACCUGGAAGAAGAAAUAGAGGAAAUGCAAGAUAACUUUAGAGAAGAUCAAGCUGAUGAAUAUUCAUCAUUGAGAAGAGAAUUAGAACAGACUAUUAAGAAUUGUCGUGUUUUGUCGUUUAAACUCAAAAAGACUGAGCGUAGAGCCGACCAGCUAGAACAGGAAAAGGCCGAUCAAGAGAAAAAACUUUUAGAGAUUGUCGGCGGAGCGGAGGGUCUUCAACGUGAAAAUCGGAUAAAGGAAUUAGAGAAAGAAGUGUCACGUACUAACGAAGUGGCCCAGAGGCUACAGCGUGAACUAGCGGAGGCUAACUCUAAGCUAGCUUCUGCCACGGGUGCUCCAAAUGCCAAAAAACCUACAGAAACAGCUAACAAUAAGGUAUCACGAGCAUCGUUGACUCGGGGUGGUAGUCAAGAGGACCCGGCACAACUGUUACGCGAUCUACAAGAUUCAUUAGAACGCGAAGCGGAUCUAAGAGAACAACUACGGAAUGCUGAAGAAGAGGCAAAUAACUUACGUAAAACUGCAUCAAGAGUCGAGGACGAUAAUGAGUCGUUACUACUUCAGCUGAAGAAAAUGGCUACCAAGGCCAGAAGCAGAAAAUUGUCACCAACUCCGCCUACCAACAGGCUGGCAAUUGAAGCUCCAAAUGAGAAGGACGAAGGAAUUUCCGAUGAAGAAGACCCAGCAGAACUGCGAAUAUUAUUGGAACUUAAUGAGCAAGAAGCUACGGUCUUGAGGAAAAAAGUAGAAGAUUUAGAACAAGAUAGAGAUUCCUUGAGGAAACAAGUCAAAGAACUUACUGAUAAAAUUUCAAAUGCUACUACUAAAACUACUAGUGCUCCUACUGCAACAUUCCGUCGAAAUGUAACCAAAACUAACAAUUUAGCUGAGGAAAAAGUUAAGGUCUUGGAGGAUGAGAUUGCUGAGCUAAGGAAAAAAUUAAUAGAAAAGGAAAGAGAUUGUGAAAGGCUACAUGCAGAACUUAGUUUGGCACAGAAAAAACCGAAAGCAUCACUUAUAAAGAGCAAGUCUUUAGAUGCAUCAAAUGAUACACAAAACGUAGACUUGAAACGGCAACUUCAAGUAAUAGAACAAGAAGCUAGUGUCCUUAGAGCAAAAACACAAACUCUGGAAGCGGAUAAUGAAAAACUACAAGCAGAAAAUAAAAAAUUACAGCUUCUUAAAAAUGUUAAAACUCUGAAAACAGACAAAUCUCAAGAAUUAUCUGCCAAUAAAAUAACAAAAUUAGAGACCGAACUCAAAGAAGCUCUGGACAAAAUCAAAACAUUAGAAAAUAGUAGAGACAGGGAAGACAAAACUGAGAAGAAAGUUAGGUUUGGUGCUGAUGCUAAAAAAGAAACCGAUGCGCUCAAAUUAAAACAAGAUGAAUUAGAUAAGCUUAAAAUUAAUUUCGAUAAGCUGGAGAAAGAAAAAGUUAAAUUGCAGACAACGCUAAAAGAGUUAAAAGAAGACGCAAUCAAGUCAUUUAAACCAAGAAAACAGAAAAUCGUAACAGACAUAACUACAAAAUUGCAAAUGAAGAAGAUGAUUGAUGACUUAGAAAGUGAAAUUGGGGAAUUGUACGUAAUCAUGAAAAAUGCUCAAGGAGACAACAAUGUUAAGAAUUCGAAAAUUGCGAAUGAUAAGGAAUUGGAAAAUCUUAAAGUAAAAUUAUCCAAAGCAGAAACUGAUUUCACUAAUGAAAAGAAUAAGUUACAAAAUGAAAUCGGUAAACUUAAAGUCAUUAAUGCAAAGUUGGAAGCAGAUAAAACAUCAAUAUCUAAUAAAUACAAAACCCUAGAAGACGAAAGUAAUAAAAGCAUUCUCGAAUGUAAAACUUUAAAAGAUGAAAAUAAGAGCCUGGAAACGCAAAUUACUAAAUUAAAUACCGAAAUUAAAAAAUUCUCCACUCAACAAACUGCAGUGUCAGAUUGCAUGAAGAAGGUCGAAGACUUGAAAAAAGAAAUGGAUGCUAAGGACAAGGAAAUAGACAAACUGAAAAAACUGGUCGAAAACGUAAAUAAGUUAGAGCAAGAUAAGAGCAAACUUCUUAAAGAGGUAGGAGACAAAACAAAGAAGAUAAAUGAUUUGGAGAAAAAACUUAAGGAAGCUGAAGAUAAAUGCAAGCGCACAGAAAAACAACUGAGUCUUCGUAAAGACCGAGUGUCUAAGCUUGAAAAAGAGCUUUCGGAAGAAAAACAGCAAGCUGCAAACUUGGCUAACACAAAUAGGAGACUAUCUAUAGACUUAUCUAACGAGAAAGAUGAAAUACAAACAUCUUUGAGUAUAUCUGAAAGCAAGGUCGCAACACUUGAAGCCAAUAUUCACCUAAUGGAGGCAGACUAUAAUAAUAAGAUCACAACUUUGGAGUCAACUAUCGCUGCAAAAGAUACUCAUAUAAAGCAGCUGGAAGAUGCUCUUAGAGAGACAUCAAAUCAAAAGUACGAUGAAGCUAUUUCAUCCGUAGAGAUUGCUCAGCUAAAAGAUAAAUGUGAGGCCGCAUCUAAAGAACUCAAAAAAAAAGAAGAUGAACUUUCAUCUCUAAAAACAAAACUAAGCAAAACUGAAGAGAGUUUGAUCAAUUUGCAAAAAGAAUAUGCUGACGUUAAAUCUGUUUCGAGCAAGUUGGAAAGUGAGAAGAAAGAUUUAGAAACUAAAAUACAAGCUGAAAAGAAAGAUGCUACGUAUUGGGAAAGCAAGGCGUCAGAUCUGGAUACAGAUUUGCAGGCUGAAAGGAAAAAAGUUGAUCGUAUGCGAAUCAGCCACGACAAAGACAUCAAAAACAAGGAAGCAGAGCUAGCGACCCUCAAAGGCAAACUUAAAGUACUGGAACAAACAUCGGGAGCAGGAGCAAAGAGAAUAGCUGAACUCAAACAAGACCACGAAGAGAAAGUCAAAAAGCUAGAACAUUCUCUGGCUGUUGAAAAAGCUGAGUAUGAAGAACUAACAGGAAAAUACGAGCUUUUAGAAGAAGAGCAUGUAGUUACAAAGGCGAGACUAACCGUUGAGAAAGAGAAGGCACAAGCUGACCUGCUGCAUAUACAACAAGAACUAAAUACUACAUUAGCAGAAAUGAAGAGCCUCCAAAACAAUUACGAGAAUCAGUCGUCAGGAUGGAAUAAAGAGAAAUCUGAAUUACAGGAACAAAUUAGCAGUCUACAGGAGCGUUUGUGCGGUGGUGGUUGGGAAGUAGAGAGGUCGCGAAUGUCAGCGAAGAUGGAACAGACAGAAAAGGAACUGCGAGACGCAACAGAUGAAUUGGAUGUUUUACGAGACACGCACCAAUACACUAAGAAAGAGCUGGAAGAGGCUCGCAGAAAACUAGACGAUUAUGAAAAGGUUACAAAAAUACAUAGAACUUUGACCGCCGACAACGAAGAACUAGAACGAGAACUUUCGUCACUAAACAAACGUCUAGAACAAUCUGAAAAGGCAAGGAAGACUGAAAUCGCAGAUAUCAAAUCUCGCUACGAAGGACAAAUGGAUACAAUGAGGGAAGAACUGAAAUCAUUACACAAUCAGGUAUCGAGAUUCAGACGGGAGCGAGACAAUUACAAACAGAUGAUGGAGGAAGCGCAGAAAUCAGCUAAAGAUGAGAGGGGCGGCAAAAAACCACGGCCUUCUAUAUCAAGCACUGACGAGGACGAGUACCGCAACAAGGUAGCCGUGCUGGAACAACAGCUAGCUUGCCUCGAGGACGAACUGUGCGAGUCGCGACUGCUGGCGUCCAAGCUCAACACGGAGCUCGUCAGCGAACGAUCCGCGGCUGAAGUGCGACUGUCCGAGAUGCAGUCCAGGUUGAACGAGUACGAGGAGGAUCGUCUCCUGAAUUCCGGUCGGUCGCGCGUGACGGGCAUGGCGACGCGCAUGGAACUGGCCUGGCACAAGGAGCGCGACGAGCUGCAGCGCCUCGUGCAGGAGACCUCCACGCUGGCCCGGGACCUGCGCCAGACGCUGUUCGAGGUCGAGCGUGAGAGAGAAAAGGAACGUCUGGACAUGAAGAGACGCAUCGACCAGCUCAAGAGAACCACUGAAGAAGAGACUGAGGAUGCUAAGAAAAAGGUGACGGAGCUACAGUGCGACCUGCUGGAGUUGCGCGACGCGCACGCCAAGUUGCGUACCGCGAACGAGAAGUUGCGGCGCGACAAGGAGCGACACGACCGCGACCGCGACCAACACAGGCUGCUGGUGUCAUCGCUCAAGCGGUCGCAACAGGACGAUGAUAACGUAAUAACACAGCUACUGGAAACUAUAGAUGAGAUGAUGGCCCAGACACCGGAGCUGUUCCCCAAGGACGAGCCCAAACCGCCGGAGAAGCGGCUCAUGACACCCACACCGCCCAGACGAAAUAGGUCAUCUGCGUCUCGUUCGCGGUCUACGACGCCGGAGGGCGGGGCUGGGGGAGGGGCGGUGGCGGGCGCGCGGCUGCGGCGCCUGGCGGAUGAGCUGCGGGCCUCGCGCAUCGGCGAGCGACAACGACGUCAUGCUGCCAGCGCUCGCAGGGCGAUGUCAACGGAGCCCCGCGAGGCGCUAUCCGCGGCGAGCAGUCGACCGGCGCAACGCAACUCCUCGCUCAAGAAACGAUCCAUAUCGCUAGAGCAGACUACCAAAGAUCAGAACGCGAUUUGGAAGUCAGUGGACGAGAGCAGCGUGUCGUCGAUGCAGUCUCUGGACGACGACGCGCGGUUCACCGUGCAGAGAGACGCCAGCCUCGACAGCCGCCUAUCGGGAGGUUCAGCUGCAAGCGACGUGCUACCCAAUGAGAAGAAAAAGAAGAAGGGCUUGUUUGGCAAACUGAAGAAGCUGACCAAGUCGCGAUCCAUUGAUGACCACGUCGACGACGACGGCUUCAGACCCAUCGGAACCGUGUCCAGGGGCUCGGACUCUGACAUGAGUACGACGGGCAGCCGACGCGACCUGCGCGGCCGACUGUCCGACAUGUUCAGCCGACACAAACCUCCGUCGCGAGCCAACAGUAAGGAGCAAAGUCCGGAGCGGGCGUCGAACGCGUCUAACGCUUCGAGUACGUCAGUGAACGCGGCCGGGACACGCCCCAUACUGCGCAACGCCAGCACUAGCGCGCUCACAAGGGCCUCACCUGUCAAACCGGCUGACUCACCCAGCUCAAGAGCGACAAGCGUCACGCCCGGCAUCAAGAGAAAAGGGAAAUAACCAAAACAGUUGUGCUUUUUAAAAUUGUAUUUAUCCAACCUUCUACGAAUAUUCCACAUAGCAUGUAAUAUCACAAUACAUAUCAGAUAUCGAAAGGGAAACUAAAGUCUCGAAAUGCUGACCGCUCGAACCGGCCUCAAAUGCCACUUAUAAAUGUUUGUUAUAUUAUGUAUUUGUAAUUUUUUUAUAUUAAAUCGAUAGACGAA